GCGCGCCCGGCGGGUCGGGGGCUCGGGGCCCGGGGCCGCUGCGGGGGCCGCGGGUGCCCUGAGGGCCGCGCUCCCUCCGCUAUGUGGCCGUGCGGAGGGCGGCGGCAGCGCCGGAUCGGGGCCGUGGCGCUGCUCCUCGUCGUGCUGUGGCUGCUGCUGCGCAGGUAUUACCCCUGCCUGCUGCCGGUUGUUUCAGAGCCCUGUGAGAAUUCUGUGCUACUCAGGUUUAACUGGAGUGAGCUGACCCCUCUGGGGCUGUGGGGAAGGAGCCUGGGUUUGCAGACAGAGAAGUCCCAGUUCCUGCUGGAAGGGAUGCCCUUCCGCAUUUUCGGGGGCUCCAUGCACUAUUUCCGCGUGCCCCGCGAGUACUGGGAGGAUCGGAUGCUCAAAAUGAGAGCGUGCGGCCUCAACACCCUCACCACGUACGUGCCAUGGAACCUGCACGAAAAGGAGAGAGGCAAGUUUGACUUCAGUAAAAACCUGGAUCUAAGGGCCUUCCUUUCCCUGGCAGCUAAGAAUGGACUGUGGGUGAUUCUGCGCCCUGGACCUUACAUCUGCUCAGAGUGGGACCUCGGGGGUCUGCCCAGGUGUGUCUUGAUGCCAGUGGGUGAAACACCUCUGCUUGACUGGACAGGAGCCUCUAACACAUUGCCUCUCCCCAGCUGGCUGCUGCAGGACCCCGAGAUGCAGCUGAGGACAACCUACAAGGGCUUCACAGAAGCUGUGGACGCUUAUUUUGAUCGCCUGAUGCGCAUUGUGGUCCCUCUCCAGUACAAGAAAGGAGGUCCCAUCAUUGCAGUGCAGGUGGAGAAUGAAUAUGGUUCCUAUGCCAAAGACCCAAACUACAUGACCUAUGUCAAAAUGGCCCUGUUAAACAGAGGGAUUGUGGAGCUGCUGAUGACCUCAGACAACAAGAAUGGGCUUUCCUUUGGCUUGGUGGAAGGAGCACUGGCUACUGUUAACUUUCAGAAACUGGAGCCUGGGCUGCUGAAGUACCUGGACACAGUACAGAAAGACCAGCCAAAGAUGGUGAUGGAGUACUGGACCGGGUGGUUUGAUAACUGGGGAGGCCCUCACUAUGUCUUUGAUGCAGAUGAGAUGGUGAAUACUGUAGCAAGCAUCCUCAAAACAGGAGCAUCCAUCAACCUCUACAUGUUCCAUGGAGGCACUAACUUUGGCUUCAUGAACGGGGCUUUGGAAGCUGAUGAGUACAAGGCAGAUGUCACCAGUUAUGAUUAUGAUGCUGUGCUGACAGAGGCUGGGGACUACACAUCCAAAUUCUUCAAGCUUCGACAACUCUUCAGCAUGGUCAUUGGCCAGCCCCUUCCUCUACCCCCCAUGAUUGAAAGCAAGGCCUCCUAUGGUGCCAUCCUGCUGCACCAGUACAUCUCCCUCUGGGAUGUGUUGCCAGCACUUGUACAGCCCAUUAAGUCAGAGUUCCCUGUGAACAUGGAGAAUCUGCAUCUGAAUGACAGCAUUGGGCAGCCCUAUGGAUAUGUGCUCUAUGAGACUGUCAUUUUUGGGGGGGGCCAGCUGCACACCAGGGACCAUGUCCGGGACCGGGCACAGGUGUUUGUUAACACCAUGUAUGUGGGGGAGCUGGACUACAACACAGUGGAGCUCUCCAUUCCUGAGGGACAGCAGGGCUUCAGGCAGCUGAGGCUCCUGGUAGAGAACCGUGGCCGAGUCAAUUAUGGGCUGGCACUGAACGAGCAGAGGAAAGGCUUAAUUGGUGAUGUCUUCUUGAAUAAAACCCCCUUGAGGAACUUCAAGAUUUACAGUUUGGAGAUGAAACCUGCCUUCAUGAAAAGCUUGCAGCAGGUCUCUGGCUGGAGCACAGUCCCGGAUUAUUUUGUGGGGCCGGCGUUUUUCCGUGGGAGGCUGUGGAUAGAGCAGCAGCCACAGGACACCUUCCUGAAGCUGCAGGGCUGGGAGAAAGGAGUGGUGUUUGUCAAUGGGCAGAACCUGGGAAGAUACUGGAAGAUUGGACCUCAGGAAACACUUUACCUUCCUGGGCCCUGGCUAAGGAGAGGGGGCAACGAGAUUGUCAUCUUUGAGGAGCGCACGGCCGGCCGCAUCAUCCAGUCCGUGGACAUCCCCUAUUUGGGACGGACCCAGUACGUGGAUUGAGAGCUGCUUUCCCCUGUUUGGCUCAUCCUGAGUAUUCCUGGUUGCAUGUCUGAGGGCUCAGCACUUGGGCAUGCUAAUCUCCACUACAGCCAGGGGAAGGAUUUGCCCUCUGGCAGUGAGUUCAGAGGAGAGGACAGCCAGAGGCAGCAGGGCCCCUGUUCCAUGGAUGGAUGGAAGGAUGGAAGCAGCAGCUCAUCUCCCUGCACUGCUGAGGCCCCCAGCCCGCAUGGCUGCGCAUGCUCUGGACCAUCUGCUGGAUGUGGGGGAGUAAAAAGGUGCUGGAGGCAGGUGAGAGAAAGAGAGAGAGAGGAGGAACUGAAGCCAUCUGAACUGAAAGCUGAGCUCAGCUUUCCAGGGACCUUCACAAUGUGCUAUCGCUGGCCUCCUUGUUUUUAUAAUUAGGUAGGGAGAAAAUAGUGAGUAAUCAGGUGUGGAAAAGCAUUUUGGUGUGCUUUGAGGCAGAUUUUAGCAAGUCUGCAAAAAGGCCAUUAUGUGUUCCCUUGUUGGAAGGCAAGGUGGUUGUCAAAUGAUUUUUAAUUUCAGCUUUUUUUUUUUCCACUAAGUUUUACUUAUGGAGGUCAUCUCUCUCUCUUAAAAGGAAAAAAAAAAAAUUAAAAAGUGAGAUGUGUUUUGUCUUCUAUCAAAUGUAUCAUGUUUUGGGCCAGACAGGAAUGACAAUUUCCAAGGAAAAGAAUGAGUGAGUCCUGCAGUUCCCUCUCCACCAGUGCUCACACUGUGAAGCACCUAAAGAUGAAAUUCCCCCUUGGAAAGUGAGCAGGGAUCAGAUUUGCACUGGGGUAGAAGCAAAGGGACUGCAAGUGGAAAAACUCGUCCCUUAAAGCUGCUCUGGGAUCUUGGGUCCUGGUUUCCUUUUUCUUUUUGUCCCUCUAAAGAGAAACUCAGGAUUUAGGUAAACCCAACAUUCUUUGAACUCACCAGCUCCAGGCAAAGAGGAGCUGCAGCCUCCUUAGGGAGAGGGAGAGAUCAAACCUGAGCUGUGAAUCCUUCAGAACCUCCAAGGAGUCACUGCUUUCUGUGCCACCACCAGCAUUCAGGCUCUGGGAGAAACACCAGGCUGUGUCUGUAACGGAGGUGCAGGGUAUUCUGGCUCUUAGAAACCAUCAUUUUAUUUAACAAAUUUAAAUACAGUUUGUUUAAAACUGAGAACAGACAGUGCAGCUGGAACACACUCCAUCCUGGCCAGGUCUGGUCAUACCUAUCUCUGCUCCCCAGGGCCACAGCAGCUCUGGGACAGCUCAAAGUGCCCAGGCUCUGUGGCCAGAGCAAAUGUGCAGGGCUGUGUUCAGGACUCCAUCCUUUGCAUUUUUCUGAAAGUUAUUUCCUUCCAAGGAGGGAAGGUUGGAACCCAGCAGGGACUGGAAUUCAGAUUAGUGAAACAAAACAUGCAGCUCGGAGAGGACAUCAGUUGGAAACUAUUUCAAUGCUAUGAAAACUUGGAAGUCUUUGGAAAAUGUUUCUUUCCACUCUAGGGUUUGCAGACUGAAGGGAGCUUGGAAG